GUGAAUAACCGCCAUAUUCAACUCGCUGCGCCAUGAACGUCUUAUGGGACGAGUUUCUGGAAGUUGUUUGAAUUUAUUCUUGCUUAUAUUUGGAUGGUAUCACAAUAUAAUUCGGAUUUGCGUUGAGUUUUAAUGGGUUGAAGACAUCUUUUCACCACAUACUGAAAAAGUACAAUGAUAUCCUGCCAAGCACACUGUUGAAGCAUUGCAUAAUGUGAUGGCAGGAUCUCAUCAGCCUGAGGCUCUCCUGGAUAAGCUAGAUAGCCAGCAGACCAACCGACUUCAAAAGCUUAUUGCCCUCGAAAGGCUGUCUGAAGAUUGUGAAAAUGGAUUUAGUUCUUCCAAGCUUGAGCUUAUGCUCAAAAAGGUCACAAGUAUCAAAGGGACCACAUAUGCCAUCCAACUACUGGACUGCUGCCUGCCGUCGGAGGAGGUGUCUCUGGCCACCAUCGACCGCGCCGUCUACUUCAUGGCCAACCCUCACACGGCGCCCACCCUGAGGCGGGCGCUGCUCAGCUGGCUUCUGGCCGGCGCGCUGCACUUUUUCGGCCCCGAGGCGCGGCGCCACCUGCACUCGCACUACGGCGUUAUCUUCUGCCAGAUCGGCUGGAGCCACAUGGUGAACCUGACGUGCACGCUGCUGUACCAGCUGACCGAGCACAGAGACGUGCAGCAGCACCGGGUCGACAUGCUGGUGACGAGGUCGGCCGCCUCUGACAGCGGGCCGCGCUGGGCGCUCAUCAGGAAGUACCGGCAGCUGCGUCCCGACAUGGUCCUGUCGUACGGCGGCCCCGACUCGCAGACGCGCUGGGAAAAGCCGCGCUCGCAGCUGAUGACAAACCUGAACCGAUGGAGACUGCGCAGGGACGGGGCCGGCGCCGCGGCCGCCGCGGGUACAGGAGGCGCGGGCAGCGCGGCCGGUCCCGGUGGAGACUUCUGGGAGUUGGCCAACAAGGUGUCGCGCUGGACGCCGGCGCUGCCCGUGCUGCCGGAGUCGGUGGCGGCUCCUGGCGGCGGCGCGCCCGACCCGGACCAGGGCCGCCGCGACCUGGCCUCGCUGGGCUCGCUGAAGGAGGUGGUGGCCGAGGGUGCCGUCGGCUUCCGGUCGGCCAACAACCUGACGGCCCUGGCGCUGAGCAGCCACCGCCGGGCCGUGCUGCUGCUCUCGGACACACGAGAGAUCGACACCGCAAAGAUGAGUCUGGACCUGCUGGUGACGCUGCGCCAGAUGCUGGUGUACGACCCGCGCCGCUACCCGGUGCUGCGUCGCCGCCAGCUGAUCCGACAGGUGCAGCUGUGCCACCGCGUCGGCCUGCCGCUCAGCGCCGGCCGGCACCUGAUGCGCACACUGCUCGAGGGCGCGCGGCCCGAGCACAGCGCGCUCUGGCUACCGGCGCUCGACCUGGUGCCGUUCUACGGGUGGCGGCCGCAGGCGGUGCUGCUGGCGGCCCUGCUGCGGCCCCUGGAGACGCUGGUGGCCGCCGCCGACCGUCACGCGCGCCUGCACGUGGUGCACGUGCUGACCGAGUUUGUGGUGCAGCUGGCGCGCCAUGACCUGCCGCUGGUGGUUCGGCGCGCCUUCCCCUACAGCAGCCAGACGUGUCGAGACGAGAUCGCCUCCACCAACGACCCGGCGGUGGACGUGGCCCGUAUCACGGACCACGUGGCCAGCCUGUGUAAGCGGCUGGCCGUGUCGGCGCCGGCCGCCGAGAGGAUGAACCUGAUGCGAGCCACCGUUAACUUCUACACUGAGGUGACUCCGGUGCUGCUGGAGUCGAACGUGCCCUUCCUGCCGCUGAUCAGUAAGGACCUGGUGUACCAGGUGCUGCUGUCGUCGGACGCGCUGGCCGUCCACAAACUGCUGCUCACACUCUCACGGUACCCGCAGCAGUCUGCGCGCGUGCUGGCCAUGCGCUCCGACCCGGGCCUGUCGCGAGUCCGUGUCAAACUGGCCACGGCCACUGUGGGCCGGCUGCCGCACUUCACCACCCUGAUGGAGGACGUGCUGCUGCUGCUGUUCGGUCGGAGGAAGGGCGCCGGCGGCCAGUUCCGCGGCGAGACGGCCGAGGUGCGCGAGCGGCUGGCGGCGCUGGCCGACGGCCUGGAGCUGGAGCUGGACAAUCACGCGGCGCUGCUCAGCUACCAGCUGCUGGCGGAGACCCGGCCAGACUACCAGGAGGACGCUGGCCGCCACCCGGUCCUGCAGGACCUCCUGUCGGCAGACGGUCUGGUGGGCUUCACCGCCUUCCAGGAGGCGUGCGGCACUCACGGCCGCGGCCGCCGGUGAGCGGGCCGCCACCUCCGAGUGUGGAGCCACCAUUCCAUCGAGAUUCACUGCGGGAGGGGCGGGGAUUUCACCGUCGGGUGGUGAGAACCAUUGCUGUGUGGCCGGCUCAUGUAAUUUAUACCGGCAGGCGGCCGGCCGCGAGGGAGGGGAGCGUCGCCGCGAUUCGUUUUAGACCGUGCUCACUGGCAGCCGUUUUGGCUUUGGAGUGCGUUUCGCCGGUGUUGUGGCUCGCUGUGUGGACGGCGCUGGGGCGAAUUCUGUCUCUGCUGGCUGUCCGUUGGCCAGCAGUGAAGGGCGCGGACUGCGCUGCGAACUUAGUACACGUAUAUUACGCGGUGGUAGCAAUAGGUAGCAACAGUAUGGACUUGACUGACGCUAGUUGUAUCUUUAGGCGAUUUGUUCUUAGCAUUGCUUCACUAACUGUGGCUCAUUUCGUAUGCGUCUCUUCGUCGUUUACUUUCCGACUAUAUAGUAUAGAAUAUUAGCUCUUUUAGUUGUACAAAACAUUAAACAACGUGCCUUUACAAUGUGACCUGUCAUUCAGCACAUAUAUUCACCAAUUUCACGUCCAUUUUCAUCAUCCACCAUCCGCUGUAACCGCGUGCCUCUCGGCCACCGGGCGAUGUCCUCAUGAAUUUGUCGCGGCGUGUCGGCGACUCCGAGCCGCUGUGCCAUUCCGUGCUCACUCACUGCCGCUGUGUCCCCGUGUCAUUCUGUUCCGCCACGGGGCGGUACCUGUACCGCCGGGCGGGGCGGGUGUGUUCCGCGCCGGCUGCCGUGCCCGCUGCCCGGGCGGACUCCCAGUGUUGUCUGCCGCCGCUGCCGGUGCCGGACCGUUGUUGCGCUGUUGGCGGCCCGACAUAAACACCUGUCGCCCCCGUUA